AUGAUUCUGCGGACUGCGUCUUUGAUCACGACGCUUGGUCUCCUCUAUGUAGGGACCGCCGAGGUAGCGCCCGAAGUUACAGUCGUAGAAGAAGGCUACAACUACAUCGCCAAGCUCCCGUGUCCAGGAUGUCCGUUCCUAUUCCAAGACACAUCCGAAGGUGAGAACGAGCCUUGGACUGAAAGGAAGGACAAUAAUGCUUUGCUCCUUAAUGUAUCCCUCCCCUACGAUAGCGCCUUCCUCACCAUCAACAACAGCCCCCUCUACUCCGGCACCCGUAUCCUCCCCCUCAUCUACGCCAACCAAGUCGUCCAGGACUUUUCCGCCGACGCGCUCUCCGAAGCACUAUCCUCCGGCCAGCUGGAAGCAAGUCACGAGACCAAUCUCGGCGGCGGCUUCUUCGGCCUAUCAUACCGCCACUCCCUGCGAACUGUUCAAACCAGCAAGAACAUCGAAGCGCUUCUUUUCCAAUUCGAUGUCGUGGCGUUGCAUUCCGAUCUCACGACCCCACCGCUGCAGUUCAAGCUCGACGACCCAGCGCAGAAAAUGCUACAAGUCUUGUUGGUACAACGGGCUGUCCUGUCCGCUGGAGAUUCGUCACACAGCUUCGAGAUCUUGAGCGUAAAGCUCGUUCCGCGUGCAGACCUUAAUCACCUCCGCACAAUGCACUUCCUCUCGUGGGACGCCAAUGGCGAAAAAGGCACCUUUUCACAUUACAUUUCCUCUCUCACAAACUCCUUCAUUGCUUUCCUGUCCUCGGGGUUUUGGACGCUGUUGGGCUUCAUCAUGGCUGUGAUUGUGGUGUUCGUCGUCGUGUGCUUGAUGUGCGUGUUUGGGUGGGAAUACUGGAAAGACGAUUAUGAGAAGGCGCAACAGGGGAAGCAGAGGCGGAAGAGUAGUGUCAAGGGGGGAAGAGUGGAUGUGGAGACGGGUGUGGGGAAGAUGAAGGGGAGGUUCAAGAGUGCUGAGGAGUUGGGAUUGGGGUUGCCCAAUAGGGGACAGGUUGUGGGGAUGGGGAAGAGUGAUUAA